AUGACGUCCAUCCCAGAAUACUCUGCUGCGGGCAGAACCAGGUCCUCCGAUGGAGCGACCGCCAGCUCUGAUGCAAGCUCCACAUUCCAAGUUUCAUCGACCGAGUCGACUGAGUCAACAGAGGGCAUCGAAACGGUAUUUCUCAACAAGGAAAUUCCAACUACAAGUCCCGAACUAGACUUGUCUGUCAAACCGUUGAAUGGGUCACCACAGUCAUCACAACCCCACACCGAUGACGAUGAACCGCGCAAAUGCUGGAUUUGCUACACAGACGAAACGGAGAUCUCGCCGCUGAAUCAGGAAUGGCGGUCGCCAUGCCCGUGUGCCUUGACAGCUCACGAGGCCUGUCUUCUUGACUGGCUUGCAGAUAUGGAGAACCCGAAAACACGCAAGAACAACGCCGGAGGCGUUACGAUGCAAUGCCCACAGUGCAAAACAGAGAUUGUCGUCACCCGUCCUCGAAGCUACAUGGUCGAUGCUCUUCGGUUGGUUGAGCGGGUUGCCGGUCGACUGGUCCUUCCAGGCAUGAUGUUUACUGUGGCGGGUACAGUAUGGGCUGGAUGCUGUGCGCAUGGUGUUUACUCCAUGUAUUUCAUUUUCGGAACAGAGGAAGCCAAGCAAAUCAUGGACGAAAGCAUGGACGGCCCAUGGAACCCGGGUUUGAACAUUGGUCUACCUUUGAUUCCUCUUGUCCUCAUCUUCUCUCGCACGCGCUACGCGGAAGGUCUGCUCCCAGCCAUUCCAGUGCUUUUCUUCGCUGCCCAUAACCCGGCACAAGAGCCCGAUUUUGACCUGUGGCCUCCUACGCCUUCUAUCGCAUUUGCAGCACUUCCAUAUGUGAAGAGUUUCUAUGGUGCACUCUAUGAGCGACUAUUUGGCAGCCUGGAGAGAAAAUGGAUCGCGGAGGUUCAGCCGCGGGCGGCGGAGGAAAUUCUAGAUGAUGCACAGCAACAAGAUCAGGCAGAGGGUCUUCACCGCUUCGGGGAUAACGGCAAUGGACAGAUUCUCAUGGAAAUCGAUCUUGAACUCAAUGUCGGAAUGGGCAAUGAGGAGCAAGCCGAGCAGGCUCAACCUGUUGGCGCCGACGAAGAUGCCGACGCUGCCGACGGACAAGCACAAAACCCGGAGCCAAACGAGAACCCACUUGGACUUGGACGACGACAGAACGAGAUCAUACACGACACCGGCAAUCUUGCAGAUAUCAUACUUGGCGCGUUGGUCUUCCCGGCAAUCUCAGCUUCCAUGGGUGGCAUCCUCAAAUGCGUUCUGCCUAAAGCCUGGACAACACCGUCCACAGUUCUAGAGCGAACUCGUCCAGGGCUCCUCCAGACUCGCUGGGGCCGCAGUGUUCUCGGCGGGUGCAUGUUCGUUCUGUUGAAGGAUGCAUUGGUCCUUUACUGCCGUUGGAAACUGGCACAAACGCACCGUCGCCGCAAGGUUCUCAAUUAUGAUCGGGCUAAGAAGCAUCAAGCUUCGAAGAGAUCCACCCGGUAG